CGCGGUCUCAUUAUAUGCGCAUGCGGAUCUACGGGACGACUGGAUGACAGUGCGAUCUUGUUAACACGUUUUGUCAAAGAUGAUAUCUUCGAUUUUGUUCUGACAUUUUCGGGUGUAUCUACAAUGGAUCCAGUGGUCGUUCCAGCGUUGAAUCGCUUCGUUGAAAAUGUCUAUGUAUACGACUUGCAGAUCUGGGAUGCGCUGGAGGAAUCAUUUGGUGAAGACAGACACGCCCUCAACCAAUCACCCGUAUUUCUGUCAUUCGCCGAGAUGAAGACCAACGGAGACAAAGUGCGACAACGUAUCGUCCACACCAGGGUCCUAGCAUACUCCAAUCUCAAAGACGGGCGGCCUUGGGGCCUGGACAUAUACCGGUGCUUGAAUGCCGGGUGCAAUGCACCUGCAUACAACAUGAUAUUUCAUCCUCACGGAAAGCAAUAUUAUGGCAAGCAGUGGUUGCAGACGAAAAUUAAAUAUGAAUGUCUGCAAUGCGGCAUUGUUCAUAAAGCAAUUCAAUGUCCACCUUGGAUACACGCAGGGCGGUCUCAAAACUUUGGACGUGUGUGGUAUGAGUGGCCACUCAGCGCAGAGCAGAAACGAGAUAUCGGAAUCAUAUGCUGA